AUGGCUUCGAAAAGCCAGGAAUAUUCUGUCGAGGACGAAAUCGCCACUUUCUUCUCGAAAACGUCGGUACGCCGCGAAAGAUGCGAUGCAGUGGCCAAGGAGCUCGUCGGUGGCGACGAGAUUGUUCCAGUCUCCACCCAGGGGUUCUGCUCGUAUACGGUUUACGCCGGGCAGGAUCUUGGCUAUGUCGUUCAGUUCCGCCUCAAGUCUCUCGAGCUCAAGAUAGAGACCGUCGCUCUCGCCCGACAGAUCUUCGGCUCGCUCGCACCAGACGUUUCGUUCAUCCGGCAGCUGGGCGAAGACUCGACGACGGCGGAGCAAGAGCCUCUGCUUGUCUACAUCAUGACCCGUGUACGAGGAUUGAGCCACAUGGACUUUAUACUUGCACAUGGGUUCCCUAACAACUCACCCGAGAACAUGGCCUGCCGUAAGAACCUGAUUCAGGAUGUCGCAAGAUUCUUUGCUCUUGCGUGGAAGGCGCCUCAGGAGGUCGACCAAGCCUACUGCAAUCACAUGGCUGAGACGUUCGAGCAAGACCUGCAGAUUUUGCUCGUCAACCUACCCGAGCGAUUUCACCCUAUAAUCCGCGCCACACUAGCAUCCCUGCCCAGCAUCUUCUCUCUGCCCAUGGUCCUUCAACAUGAAGACUUUAGCUCCUGCAACAUCAUUGUAGAGGAGCCGUCAAGCCAUUUGGUUGGCGUCAUUGAUUGGGCUGCGGCGGAGAUUGCCCCCUUCGGCACAAACCUCGAUUCACUGCAAGGUCUAAUGAGCACAUUGCACCUGAAAAAUGGCCGGAGCAGGUACGAGGACUACGAUGACCUGGUGCACUCGUUUUGGGAAUCCUUCAGUGAUGAAGUUGGCGGACUGGGCGACGACACCAUCAAGGCCAUCAAGGCCGCGACGGUUCUAGGGCUGCUACGAUGUCGGGGCUUUACCAGCCGGCUUGCGAACGAGCCCAAGCCGGUACCGAUUAAGGAUGAUGCCGGCGGGAGGUACAACAUGAUGAUACUUGACGGGCUGCUGUUGAACCCAGCUACCCGAUUUGAGGGGCUCGAUGAAUGGCUCAGAUAG